GGGUCAGCUGCUCUUCCUGGGUGUUGUCUGCUCGCUCAAGCUCCACUGACCGCAGUGUGGGCUGCUGCCAGGAUGCGGUGGCGGGACCGUAUUGUGACGCUGUUCUUUCCGAAAGGCAUGGUGCUCACCAUGGCUGCGCUGCUGCUCUUCUUUCUACACCUGUCCAUCUUUGUCAGCGACGUGUACAACUUCUGCUUCACCUACCACUACGACCGCAUGAGCUUCCGCUACACAGUUGUCCUGAUGUUCUCCAAGGUGAUGAGCAUCUGCUGGGCCGCCAUGGGGUCCCUCUACGCUGAGAUGGAAGAUUACAAGAUUGCCCGUGCUCAACGCAGCCAUGUUCUUCAACCGCCUGUCCCUGGAGUUCCUGGCCAUGCAGUACCGGGAGGAGAGCCACUGAGGCUGGGGAUUGGGUUGAGAAGGGGGAAGGAAAAGGCGGCUUUGGGAAUUUUAAUAAAGUCUGCCAUUUAUUUCCACUUGUCAGCUCCUUCAUGGGUUGGGGGUGGGAGGCCAGAGACCAGGGGAAGCAGGUCAAGACGGACACUUGAUCUGCAGGGACCCCCGGCCCCGCCUACAGCCACUCUAGUGGACUCGGCUUUGGUCCGGGAUCUUAGUGUCUCAGACUUGAGGAAGAGGAGCAGCGAGAGGGCCCGCAGACCUGCCCAUCUCUCCUUCUUGGGGCCCCAGGUCCUACGCUGGCCCAGCCGCAAGCAAGGGCUCAGGAGGGACCCACACGGAUGUGAGGGUUCAUGA